AUGAACAUUAUUCUGAUACCCUCAAUAAUUCUCAUAUUUUGCGAGUGGAGUUUCCUAGUCGAUGGAUUUCGCAUUCUAGGCAUUUGUCCUAGUACAAGUUAUAGUCAUCAACAACCAUUCCAAGCACUGAUGCAGGCACUGGCAAUGCGUGGUCACAAUGUUACUGUCAUUUCAACGAUACCAUUAAAGAAAAGUAUACCAAAUUACGAGGAUGUUGAUCUCUCGUUCACAUAUCGUAAAAAUGAUUGCACUAAACUUAGACAUAUGAAUCCUUACGAGAUUUUAAUGAAAAAUAUGAAAGAAGCUAACGAUCUUUGUGCUGAGCAGCUCUUCAGUGAUCAAAUUAUGGAAUUACUUAAAAAAAGAAAAACAUUCGAUGCAAUUAUAAUCGAACAAUUAUGGUUUCAUUGCUAUUACUCUCUAGUGAAGCACUAUAACUUUCCCGUACUAAUUGGAUUUUUAAGUGUUGGAAAUCUUCCAUAUGUCAUGGAUUCGAUUGGAAAUCCGGACGAUCCAAUGUUGAAUCCCGAUAUGGCUUACCCCUUCACAAAUCGAAUGAGCAUGGACGAGAGAAUUUGGAAUAUAUUAUAUACAAGCUGGACCAGGUUCUAUUAUAGGUACUGGCAUUUGCCAAGAGCACAACAGAUAGCUGACAAGCUCGUACCGGAUACGCCACUUUACGACAUAGACAGAAACUUUAGCUUGAUUAUAUUAGGCAAUAAUCACGUUCUUGGUUAUCCAAAGCCUCUAUUACCAAAUGUGAUCGAAGUCCAUAGUCUUCAAAUCAAUGAACAAACUCAAUCUUUAUCUAAGGAUAUUCGUGAAUUUUUGGAUGGCGCCGUAAACGGAGCUAUUUAUUUUUCUCUCGGUUCGAAUCUGCAAACUCACCAGCUACCCAGUGACCCUUUGAAGGCAUUGUGCAACGCCUUGGGGUCGCUCAAGCAAAGAGUUCUAUGGAAAGAUGUCGGAGACAUGGCUAUUCAGUCGAGCAACAUCAAAUUUGUGAAGUGGGUUCCACAACAAGCAGUUCUUGCACAUCCAAAGGUGAUGGCCUACAUGAUGCAGGGCGGUCUGCAGUCAUUGCAGGAAGCUGUGCAUCAUUCUGUACCUCUGAUAGCCAUGCCUUUCUUUGGCGAUCAACUUUUCAAUGCUAGGAAAAUUCUUGAUGCUGGCAUCGGGCUUACUUUGAACGUUGACACCAUGACGGAAGAAUUGAUCGUACGAACUAUCACAGAAGUUGUGCAGAAUAAAACAUACUUACACAAUAUUAAACAAAUAUCGGCCAUUUUAAAGGAUGAACUAGUACGUCCAAUGGAGAAGGCAAUUUGGAAUGUUGAACACGUUCUGAAGUUUCCUAAUUCUAAACACUUGCGCUAUCACGCUCGGGAUAUGUCAUGGAUCGAUUAUUAUUCGACGAUACUACUGAUCCUUCUAAUUCUCAUGAUUUUAAUAUUCAUCACUGGUGCGUGCUUUAUUGUUCUUGGAAAAGCUGUAAGAAGUUAUUUGCAUCUUUAUAUAGAACACAGUAAAUCCAAAAAGGAAUGA